CCCCCCCUCCGCUCCUCGUACCAUAGAGACGAAGCGUUCCGUCCCAUCCCCCGGCGGGACAGAGCGGCGCCAUGGCGGCGGGAAGGCUCUGCUCCCUGCCCUGGCAGGCUCUGGGCCGUCCCAGCCCGUGGCUGCUGCUGCGGCGCCGGUACCGCGGCAGCUCCCCCGGGGACUCGGGCAAGGACGUGCUGGAGAUCCCCCUCCCGCCCUGGCAGCAGCGUCCUCACGAGCCACUGCACACCAAGAGAGCCAGGCUGCUGUAUGAGAGCAGGAAGAGGGGCAUGCUGGAGAACUGCAUCCUGCUCAGCCUCUUUGCCAAGGAGAACCUGCACCGCAUGAGCGAGCAGCAGCUCAACCUGUACGACCGGCUCAUCAACGAGCCCAGCAACGACUGGGACAUCUAUUACUGGGCCACAGGGGCCAAGCCCACACCAGCUGAGUUUGAGAGUGAUGUGAUGGCCAUGCUGAGGGAGUUUGCCAAGAACAAGAAGCGGGAGCAGAGGCUGCGGCAGCCUGACCUGGAGUAUCUGUUUGAGCCACCUCGCUGACCAAGGAGCCACCUUCCUCUUCCUCUUCCUCAUCCCCUGCAGCAGAGGAGGAGCACAGGGUCCUGUGGAAACGCUGCUGCUCUCCCUGUGGCACUCCUCCUCCUCCUUUGGCAGCAGCUCCUUCAGACUCUCAGGGCAUGAUAAAUAAAGCUGUGGCUGCUAA